ACUAAUGUUAGCGCCUAGUCUUGCAGCAUAUGCUUACAAUCAUGCACUGGGCUGUAAGACUAAAGAGUAUGGGUGUAAUAAAUUGACUUGUAAAAGUCUAACAGCUGAUGUAAACCUCUGUCAUACAAGCACCACCUACUACGUCGAGGAGUGGUGUUGCAUCAGAAUUGUAAUAUCCGGGGAACGUCAUCAGCUUUCACCCGGCAUCCUGACUGUUCAUAGUUUGCUGAAGUUAUCUCUUAAACUGAGGUAGCUUUUCAUUUGUUAUGGCUGAGCAGACGGUCGUGGACAAAAUGAGCGAAUUGCAAGUCGACGAUGGAAAAAAGAGAGGAACUGAAAUCAAUAAAGAUGGAGGAAAGAAGAAGGCUAAAGGUGUUUCUGGAGACUCUGUAGGCAGGGCUGAGCUGUCACCACCACCUGAGUACAUCCAGGAUCGUCUUACAUUGUAUGCAACGCUGAAAGCCGAGCAUGAUGCUCUGAUAGCAGAGAGGGCUGCGAGGGAUAGCCGCACCAUCAAGGUGACCCUGCCCGAUGGAAAGGUGGUGGAGGCUGACUCUUGGAAGACCACACCAUACCAGGUGGCCUGUGGAAUCAGUCAAGGCCUUGCCGACAACACAGUGAUAGCCAAAGUGAACAACGAUGUGUGGGACCUCGACAGACCUCUGGAAGAUGACUGCAGUCUUCAGCUGCUCAAGUUUGAUGAUGAUGAAGCUCAAGCUGUUUACUGGCACUCCAGUGCCCAUAUAAUGGGUGAAGCCAUGGAGAGAAUUUAUGGUGGCUGCCUGUGCUACGGUCCUCCCAUCGAAAACGGCUUCUACUACGACAUGUUCCUGGAGAACAACGAGGGCGUAUCGAGCAAUGACUUUCCAUGUCUGGAGAACUUGUGCAAGAAAAUCAUAAAGGAGAAGCAGCCAUUUGAAAGACUGGAGAUAAAGAAGGAAACUCUGCUGGAAAUGUUCAAGUACAACAAGUUUAAGUGCCGCAUUCUGAAUGAGAAAGUCACCACCCCCACUACCACAGUUUACAGGUGUGGCCCUUUAAUUGACUUGUGUCGGGGGCCCCACGUUAGGCACACUGGGAAAAUCAAGGCACUUAAGAUCCACAAGAAUUCAUCUACAUACUGGGAGGGAAAGGCAGACAUGGAAACCCUCCAGAGGAUCUAUGGAAUCUCCUUCCCUGACCCCAAAAUGCUGAAAGAGUGGGAGAAGUUUCAGGAGGAUGCCAAGAACAGAGAUCACCGCAAACUGGGCCGGGAACAGGAUCUGUUCUUCUUCCAUGACCUGAGUCCAGGCAGCUGCUUCUUCCUGCCUAAGGGAGCCUUUAUCUACAAUGCGCUGAUUGAAUUCAUCAGAGGUGAAUACAGAAAGAGGGGUUUCCAGGAGGUGGUGACACCCAACAUCUACAACAGCAAACUGUGGCAGACCUCCGGCCACUGGCAGCACUACAGUGACAACAUGUUCUCCUUUGAGGUUGAGAAGGAGACCUUUGCCCUCAAACCCAUGAACUGCCCUGGACACUGCCUAAUGUUUGAUCACCGGCCACGCUCCUGGAGAGAGUUGCCCCUUCGCAUGGCCGACUUUGGGGUGCUGCACAGGAACGAGCUGUCAGGAGCCCUAACUGGCCUCACCCGUGUCCGGCGCUUCCAGCAGGACGAUGCUCACAUCUUCUGCUCCAUGGACCAGAUUGAGGAUGAGAUCAAGGGCUGCCUGAACUUCCUGCGGGCUGUGUAUGACGUGUUUGGCUUCACUUUUAAACUCAACCUCUCCACAAGACCAGAGAAAUUCUUGGGGGACCCAGAGCUCUGGAGCCAAGCAGAGAAGCAACUGGAAAACAGCUUGAAUGACUUUGGGGAGAAAUGGGUUCUCAACCCAGGUGACGGAGCUUUCUAUGGACCAAAGAUCGACAUUCAGAUCAAGGAUGCCAUCGGUCGGUAUCAUCAGUGUGCCACAAUCCAACUUGAUUUCCAGCUUCCAAUCCGCUUUAAUCUCACCUUUGUCAGCCAUGAUGGUGAUGAUAAGAUGAGACCAGUCAUCAUCCACAGAGCCAUCCUUGGAUCAGUAGAGAGGAUGAUUGCAAUUUUGACUGAAAACUACGGAGGGAAAUGGCCUCUGUGGCUGUCUCCUCGCCAAGUGAUGGUUGUACCUGUGGGACCAACCUGUGAGGAGUACGCUGAGAAGGUCAAGCAGGAAUUUCACAGCAGUGGCUUCAUGGCUGACGUAGAUCUCGACCCCGGCUGCACUCUGAACAAAAAGAUCAGAAAUGCACAGCUGGCGCAGUACAACUUCAUCCUGGUGGUGGGCGAAAAGGAGAAGACAAGCAACACUGUGAAUGUGCGCACCCGGGAUAACAAAGUUCAUGGUGAGCGCAGUGUGGAGGAGUGCAUUGAGCGUCUGAAACAACUCAAGGCCACCAGGAAUCGGAUCGCUGAAGAAGAAUUCUGAGAUUUCAGAAACAUGCUGCCAUCAGCUCACCAUUCUCUCAACAGUACCUCAAGUGUAACUUCAACAGGUCAUGUGGUUGAAAUCAAUUUUGGUGAAGGAUAAACAACUUUCACACUGUUGCUUAAUCUUGGCUUUUUGCCCUUGAAGUCACAAUUUCCUGAUUCAACAAAUGUCUCUUUUUUUUUUCCUGUCUUCCAUUGCCUCUUCUACUAUGACAAUUUUUGGUUAUCAAGUCAUAUGGUUGCUAUACUCCAGAACGAACAAUUAUCCACAUCUGUUUAUACUGAAAUAGGACUAGUAAGACUCCAGUGAGCUUUAAAGAACACUUCUGUAAUAUUGAAUACAUUGUAAAAGCUCUCUGUAAAACCUUUUCCUAUGUAAUGAACUGAUUUGUACCACUGUCCUAACAGUUUUCUUCAGGGAAUUGUAUGAAUUACAGUACUGAUACUUAA